AUGGUGGAUAUAGCCGGUUUCUACUCAGUCACCGUCAUAUACCUUUCCCUCUUCUACACGCGCUUCGAAUCCGGCACACGGCUCUCGUUGUUCUACGGUCACGCAGCGGUUGGCGGUGCUCUUGGGGGCCUUAUAAGCUACCUUGUCUUCUCCCUCUCCGUGAACGAUGAUCAAGGAUCCGACAACGACUGGCGACCGUGGCAGUUACCACACAGCGUAGAGACAGCCUGGUUCCUCACACCCGAGGAACGCCGAUAUGCUUCAGCCUGCGUCGUAAGAAACAUGGACAUACAGGACACGCUUGCAGUGGUCCAAGGAGACGAUCGCGAGAGGGAGGAUACCUACGACGAGGGACUUCAAGGACUACUCGCUUCGUCCAAACAUUCGAUUUCCACAAUCACAUCAGCGCGGCAGCUGGUCGAUGAUCGCGGUCUGAGUCCCCACGACAUACUAUCCGCAGUCUUCAACACCAAGGUCGCAGACCACCCGCCCCCCCUCUUAGAUGACCAGAUCUUCAUUGAAGUCACCGCUUCCGGUCUCUGUGGCACCGAUGAGCACUACAAAGUAACCGACAUGGCUCUCGGCUACCAGGGUGUCGUUAUCGUCAAGGGUGUCGGGCCCCAAGUCAAAGACCUCAAGAAGGGCCACCGCUCCACCGACUGUGUCGGCAUCAUAGAGAUGAGGGGCCUCGGCCACCUGGCUAUCCAGUACGCCGCAAAGAUGGGCUGCAACGUUGUCGUCUUCUCAGGUUCAGAUGACAAAAGGAGCGAAGCGAUGCAGCUAGGCGCCACCGAAUUCAUCACUACUGGAGGGAAGUCUGGAAUGAGCGUGCGCCGUCUGGUAGAUGCCCUCCUUGUUACUACCGCAGUACUUCCAGAGUGGACUACCCUGCUCCCGGCUCUCAACACCAUGAAGAUCUUCCCUUUGGCCGUGUCGCCAGACGACUUUAGGAUUUCGAAAAUGCUGUUGAAUGCCAAGAGCAUCACUGUGCAGGGCUCCAUCAUUGCUCCAAGGUCGGUGCAGAGGAACAUGCUCAUGUUCUCGGCCCAGCAUAAAAUCAAGCCGAUUACUAUGCUUUUUCCGAUGACUGAGAGCGGGAUUGAGGAUGCUAUGAGCAAGCUAAGGAAUGGAAAGAUGAGAUAUUGCGCUGUGCUCAAGCCACGGUAA